AUGAAACUCUUGACCGGCAUGAUAUUCCUACUCGCCACUGGUGCAGCUGCGCUUGCAUCGGUCGGCUCUUGCGCCGCUGUCCGCCGAGACGGAGCAUCGAACAUCACCAUCACUAGCAAUAAAGUGACCAGAUCUUUCCUACUCUGGGUGUCUCCCACGUACAGCUCCAAGACUCCGGCGUCCGUGAUCCUCUCAUUCCACGGAGGCAGCCGAGAUGCCAAGGAUCAGCUCGAACUAGACGGCUUCACCACCGCGAGUGCCAACGCCGCCUCAAUCGUGGCAUACCCGCAAGGCAUCGACGACGUUUGGCAGGGCGUGCCGGGGGUGACCGUGGAUGACGUGAAAUUCACCCACGACAUCCUCGACUACCUGAAGGGCAAAUACAGCAUCGACAAGACGCGCAUCUACGCGUCCGGAAAGUCCGACGGCGGUGGCUUCUGCAACGUGCUGGCCUGCGACGACGGCGCCUCCAAGCGCAUCGCCGCCUUCGCGCCCGUCUCCGGCGCCUUCUACGUCGACGCGUCGCCGUGCCACCCGGACACGGUCAAGCUGCCCUGCAGCCCGGGCCGCAAGGACAUCCCGCUGAUGGAGUUUCACGGCGGAAACGACACGACGAUACGCUACGAGGGCGGGACGCGCAGGGGGGAGUGCCUCCCCGCCAUCCCGCACUUUGUCCAGCAGUGGGCUGCGAGGGACGGGCUCGGGCUGCAGAACAAGACAAGCAAGGUCGCGAAUAAUACGGAGAUGUAUACGUACGGGAGUGGCGCGAGGGCUGGGUUGGUGAAGCACGUCUUUGAGUCUGACAUUGGGCAUGACUGGCCGAGCACGGCCCCGAACCACGACAACUCGAGGGAUGGCCACCAUGUGGCGAGUUACAAUGCGACGCCAAUGAUUUUGGAGUUCUUCAGCCAGCAUAGGUUGCCCGCGUGA